AUGGCUCCAUCAAAAUUAAAGAAAACGAGAAAACCCACUUUCAAGAAUGCGUCCUCUCCGACAACCGCCAUACAAUCACUUCCAAAAGACAUGUUGGUAGAGGUGGUUGCAAGGGUAGCUUCUCAUUCUUUCACUGACCUUCACAGCAUGAAAAUGUGUUGUUGGGAUUUUCUUGAUGCUUCCGAAGAUAGUUACGUUUGGCAACAAGUUUCUCUGGACAAGUUCCCACUAAUCCAAUGGUUUCCUAAUGACAAAGCAUUGUCCUUUUUAAAACGUUGCAAGCAAAGCGGAAACAUAGAAUGUGUGUGCAGAGAUGGAUUUAUAGAAUUCUUCUGUCAUCCAAACGAAAAUAUGGGUGAUCUUGAAAUCUUGAAGGUGGCUGCUGAAAAGGGUCACAUGGAAGCAAAAUAUAUGUAUGGUAUGAUAUUAUUAUGCUCUGAAUAUGAUGAGUUAAGAAGAAAAGGACUUGAACAUAUGCGUUUUUUGAGGAAGUCCAUGUGUGUCAUAGCAUGUAGAAAAAAGGUGGAACAAUUUGCACAACAUUUAUGGAUAAAUAGAGCAUUAGUGCGAAAUCAAUCCCCUCUUUGUCGUCAUAAGAGUAUAUGCAAUGGAUGGAGAUUGAAGAAAGGUCGAUGGAUAUUACUGGAUGAAGAUGAUGAUGAUGAUGAUGAUUUUCACUCGUGCGAAUAUUGUCGAUGGGAUCAUGAGUUAAACUUUUUUUACAAUUUAUUCAGUGUUGCUUGGUAUAGUUUCAGUGAAUAA